UGAGCCUCCUGCUGCUCUCUCUAGCUGGAAGGGCGAGGCAGACCCGUGAAGGGGCGGGAGGUUUAGACGCCUCUGCCCGCAGGACUCGCGACUCCAGAGUAGCUCAGGGCAGCUGCCAGGAGGUCGGCAAUGCCUGAGGCUAGGGAAUCCCCGGGAGAGCCCUGAGCGCCACCUGCACCGCCUAGGAAGGACCGCCUGAAGUUAGCCCCAGGGGUUCAGAGAAGCUCCCUUCUCGACAACUAUGGCUGGCAAUUCCAGGAACGCUAUGAGCAAAGACAUGGAGAUAGGAGUCACUUUCCAGGACCACAAGAAGAUUCCCAAGCAGGCACGGGAUUACACACCGAUCGCCACAGACCGCACUCGCCUGCUGGCAGAAGGCAAAAAGCCACGUCAGCGCUACAUGGAGAAGAGUGGCAAGUGCAACGUGCAUCACGGCAAUGUCCAGGAAACCUACCGCUACCUAAGUGACCUCUUCACCACCCUGGUGGACCUCAAGUGGCGCUUCAACCUCCUGGUCUUCACCAUGGUCUACACUAUCACAUGGCUGUUCUUUGGCUUCAUCUGGUGGCUCAUUGCUUAUGUCCGAGGUGAUCUGGACCAUGUGGGUGACCAAGAGUGGAUUCCUUGUGUUGAAAACCUCAGUGGCUUUGUGUCUGCUUUCCUGUUCUCCAUUGAGACAGAAACAACCAUUGGCUAUGGCUUCAGAGUCAUCACUGAGAAGUGUCCGGAGGGGAUCAUACUCCUCCUGGUGCAGGCCAUUCUGGGCUCUAUCGUUAAUGCCUUCAUGGUGGGUUGCAUGUUUGUGAAGAUCAGCCAGCCAAAGAAGAGAGCAGAGACCCUCAUGUUUUCCAACAAUGCUGUCAUCUCCAUGCGGGAUGAGAAGCUGUGCCUCAUGUUCCGGGUAGGUGACCUCCGAAACUCCCACAUCGUGGAGGCCUCCAUCCGUGCCAAGCUAAUCAAAUCCCGGCAGACCAAAGAAGGGGAGUUCAUCCCCUUGAACCAGACAGACAUUAAUGUGGGCUUUGACACUGGUGAUGACCGUCUCUUCCUGGUGUCCCCGCUCAUCAUCUCCCAUGAGAUCAAUGAGAAGAGCCCUUUCUGGGAGAUGUCGCGUGCUCAGCUGGAACAGGAAGAGUUUGAAGUUGUGGUCAUCUUAGAAGGAAUGGUAGAAGCAACAGGCAUGACUUGCCAAGCACGAAGCUCUUACAUGGACACAGAGGUGCUCUGGGGCCACCGAUUCACACCAGUCCUCACCUUGGAAAAAGGCUUUUAUGAGGUGGACUACAACACCUUCCACGACACCUAUGAAACCAACACACCCAGCUGCUGUGCCAAGGAGCUGGCAGAAAUGAAGCGGAAUGGGCGGCUCCUGCAGUACCUUCCCAGCCCUCCCUUGCUUGGGGGGUGUGCUGAGGCUGGGAGAGAUGCUGAGGCUGAGCAGGAUGAAGGGGAUGAACCCAAUGGACUGAGUGUGUCCCGGGCGACCAGGGGCUCAAUGUGAGGUCUGCGUUCUACCCAGAGCCUCUUCUUACCAGACACCGAGGAGCCUGGGCAGCCAGAGAAACCAAUUAGUUGAGCAAGCUUUGUGGGGCCCCAGGAGCAUGGGAGCUCUAUGGGGAGGAACAGCGGGCUGAGCCCUCACGUCUCCUCUUUGGGGCCUCUGAGCAAGGGCCUUGCCUAGCCUUCACAGACAGUGCUUUCUAGGCCUCGGUGAGUGGGAGCAUUAGCUAAGGCUGUAGCCAGGGUGGGAUUCCCAGAGAGGGAGUUUUAGGGUUCCAUCUACCCUCUCUCUGAUUACCGGCACCUGUUCACUUCCCUCCCGGAUUUUGUCUCCUCUAGGGACCGACAACAUCACCCCUGAUUCUUACCACUGAGGCCUGUAGAUUGAGGGAGCGCAAUUCUGUCCAUGGACGCUCAGGCCCAUAGCUGGGGAUGAGUUCACAGAGGCCUCCUCCCAGGCCAAAGCUACCCAAGUCAGGGACAAUGCCUUUUAGUCUGAGGCCACAGCCACUCACUAAUAACUUCUUUGCAAGGCCCCUUGUUCACCUCUUUUACUUCCUAGUGCGUGCGUGUGUUUUCCUCUUCUCUAUUGUGUGGACACUACGGCUUACAGGGUAAUUGAGUUCAUUAGUGUGACCCGGGGACACUGACAAUGGACCUAGGAGCAUGCACACGCUGUCCUCACAACUGCCUGGGACUCCUAGUCAUACUGUGCCUUGCACUUCAAAGCGGGGAAUCCCAGCAGUUGUGCUUCUGGUAGGACUUUGUGGUCCAAGAACUUCAAAGAACCUGUGAAGUGGUCCUGAACAUGUGAAUUUCAGAGAGCCAGAUGAACUCAUUGGUACCAACCCAGGGCAGCAGCAGGGAAAGGAAGCGAGGAAUGUUUUAAUAUAGGAAUUUGGAGCCUGGUGGACUGAUGUAUCCUAGCACUUGGCAGGCGGAGGCAGAAUUGUGAAGCUGAGGCCAGCCUGGGCUAUAUACCCGUCUCCAAAAGGCAAGAGAGAAAAACUAACAAAGAAGGAAACGUCUGCCUCAGCUGUUGCUUGGGGGCUCCCAGGAGGAAAGUGGACUACGACACAGAGGUGACAGGUGGCCAAGGGUGGACCAGAGUCUUAGAUUGGUACCCAGAGGCCUCUGGACCUCCCUCCUACAGAACAGCUCCAACAUGGUGGCGGGACCCAGAAGGUAGUCCCUGAGAACAGGAGGUGAGAAAGUCGGCAGGAGAACCAGGAAAAGAAGAGCCCAAGAGCAGAGAAGAGCCUUGAGGUCAACAGCCUUGGAAUCUUUUCCCUUCCAGCCUGGAGGACUGAUUGAUGGUCAGGUCAAAGAAUCUUAAG